AUGAGUUCUCUUCUCUUCGGCUUGUCCCUGGUUGGACUCUCUUCCGCAACGGUUCAGAUUGAAAAGCGCCAUGGCGGGGAUCCGUUCUAUGAGAUCCUUAAUGACGAUCUCGCUCGUUACACCCUGAUGGUCUUGUGCCUGAUGGCCAUCGUCAUUUUUGCCUGGAACACAUGGUUCCGCCUCGCCGGCUACCUGAGACAGUUGGCAAGCUUCAACAAUGGACACCAACGCUUCUUCAUGACGCCUUCCCACACCUUCGCAAAGGUCAAGAACCAUAUCGUCUACGCCCCGUUGCUCCGGAACCGACACAACCGGGAAUUCCAGCUGUCUCGGGCCGUCAACAUGGGUACUCUUCCCAGCCGUUUCCACGCCUUCAUCCUCGUCGGUAUCAUCGUCAUGAACGUGACGCUCUGUGUUGUUACCGUCCCGUACAAGACCGAGGAAGAUAGCGUUGCUGGUAUCAUCCGGAACCGAACCGGCACCAUGGCCACCGUGAACCUGGUUCCUCUCGUCUUGCUGGCGGGGAGAAACAACCCUUUGAUCUCCCUUCUGCACGUCCCGUUUGACACUUUCAACCUGAUCCAUCGCUGGCUCGCUCGGAUCGUUGUCUUCGAGACUCUGGCCCAUGUGUUUGCCUGGUGUAUCCCCAAGGCCCAAGAUGCCGGCUGGGAUAUCGUGGGAAUGGUGCUUGGAAAGAGCGACUUCUUCAUUUACGGAAUGCUUGCCACCGCCGCGUUCGUUGGACUUAUGCUGCACUCUGUCUCGCCCCUUCGGCAUGCGUUCUACGAGACGUUCCUCCACCUCCACAUUAUCAUGGCCGUUCUCUCUUUCGUCGGCCUGUGGGUGCAUUUGGAGGGACUUGAAGCCCAGAAGUACUUGCUUGUGGCCAUCAUUUUCUGGGCGCUCGAGCGCUUUGCACGCCUUGUAAUCGUCGUCUACCGCAACGUUGGAAGGCGUUCGACCAGCGCCUUGGUUGAAGCUCUCCCCGGCGACGCUCUGAGAAUCACGCUGAAGAUGGCUCGCCCCUGGACCUUCAAGCCGGGUCAGCACAUUUAUCUGUACAUUCCUUCCGUUGGGUGGUGGAUGUCGCAUCCAUUCUCCGUUGGCUGGAGCGAGUCGGAGGAGGUCUUCACCGAUGAGAAGGGCAUCCCGAUGACUCGACAGGAUACUCUCGGCACUCAGAAGACGACCAUUUCUCUCUUGCUCCGUCGCCGUACCGGCUUCACCGACAAGCUCUUCCAGCGUGCCUUGAGCUCCGUGGGCUCCCGCGUGACCUUGAACGCCUGGGCCGAGGGACCCUACGGUGCCAUUCACUCCAUGGACUCCUACGGCACCGUCCUUCUCUUUGCGGGUGGUGUCGGUAUCACUCACCAGGUGCCAUUUGUGCGCCAUCUGGUCCAGGGUCAUGCCGACGGCACCGUCGCCGCCCGCCGUGUCACCUUGGUCUGGAUCAUUCAAUCGCCGGAGCAUCUCGAAUGGAUCCGUCCUUGGAUGACCAGCAUCCUGGCCAUGGAGCGCCGCCGAGAAGUCCUGCGCAUCAUGCUGUUCAUUACGCGCCCGCGUAACACCAAGGAAAUCCAAAGUCCGAGUGCCACCGUGCAGAUGUUCCCCGGACGACCCAACAUUGACACCCUGGUCGGUAUGGAGGUGGAGAACCAAGUGGGUGCGAUGGGUGUGUUGGUCUGUGGUAACGGUGGUUUGAGUGACGAUGUCCGAGGAGUCUGCCGUAGGAGACAAGAUCGCACAGACAUCGACUUCGUCGAGGAGAGUUUCACCUGGUAA